AUGCCACCCAUUGCGCGUCCUGCGAAGCUCCCCCGUGUGGUGGGAGUAUACCAGGCUGCUGCGCUGGAAGAUGUCGUGACCUGGGAAUCGAUCCUGUCAACUGUGGAACUUGCAAUAAUACAUGUGCUACAAGCCAGUCUACUUGUUGCUCUGGAAACUGCGCAAACAUCAACACUAGCGUCACGAACUGUGACCUGUCCAGCAACUCUCAGAACUGUGGAGCAUGCAGCACAGCUUGCAACUCUUCUGUACCCACCUGCUGUUCAGGAUCAUGCACAAACACUAACUCCAGCUUGA